AAGGGCGGGAAGGGGAAGAGGGUGGUGUGAGGCCGCGUGCGGGGUUUCGCCGGCGCCGCCAUCAUGCUGCGGAAGCUCACCCUGGAGCAGAUCGACGACUGGUUCACUAUCGGCAAGGCCGUGCCUGCCGCCGAGUUCCUGGGCGGCGAGGCCGGUGGCCCGUGCAGUCCUCCUCCUGCACCGGCUGCGCGGGAGCCGUUAAUGGCCGCUGAGCUCCCUAUCAAAGAGAGUGUUGGAAGUGAAUAUGCUGAAAAAUUCAGACAGCUGGAGGAACAAGAACUAGGUGUAUCUGGCAAUGAUCAGUUUGUCUCUAAACCAGAUACUUCAUUGCCUCAGUGUGAAUCGAGUGAUUGGACUCCUAUACCAAUAACUAAUCAUAAAUAUCCUGAUAUGCCCAUAGCCAAACACAAGGAAGAGAUAGUUUCUCUGAUAGAAAGCAAUUCAGUUGUGAUUGUACGUGGAGUAACUGGCAGUGGUAAGAGCACACAAAUUCCGCAGUACGUUUUGGAUUAUUGCACUCAGCGAUCUACCUACUGCAACAUUGCUGUCACCCAGCCUCGGAAAAUUGGUGCCACCAGCAUUGCCAGAUGGAUUAGCAAGGAGCGAUCCUGGACAUUGGGUGGAUUUGUAGGUUACCAGGUCAGUUUAGAGAAAGUUUCCACAAAAGACACGAGAUUGACAUACAUGACAACUGGAGUUCUUCUUCAGAAACUAGUUUGUGCUAAAAGCCUAACUGAGUUCACACACAUUUUCAUUGAUGAAGUGCAUGAGCGUACAAAAGAAAUGGAUUUCUUGCUCUUGGUAAUCCGUAAACUGCUGCGUACAAACUCACAGUUUGUAAAGGUAAUACUGAUGUCUGCUUCCAUCAACUGUAAAGAAUUUGCUGAUUACUUUGCAAUUCCAGUUAACAACAAACUGAAUCCAGCCUGUAUAUUUGAGGUGGAAGGCAAACCUUAUGCUAUUGAAGAAUACUAUCUUGAUGAUUUGAAGCACACUGUUCACUUCAAGCUUCCUCUUCAAGUAAUUGAGGAACCAGUGAUAGUAAAGGAAAUGUAUGACGUUGCAGUGUCUUUGAUCCAGUCGUUUGAUGAGUUGGAAAUGAAGAGCAAUAGGGAGAACAAAACCUUGGGUUUUAUGUCAGAACGUGGCAGUGUGCUAGUAUUUUUACCAGGUUUGGCUGAAAUAAACUACAUGCACAUGUCUCUCACAAAUACGCUUAACAAAAGGUUGCAAGUGUACCCACUUCACUCAGCUGUGACACUGGAGGAACAAAAUAAUGUGUUUUUGUCUCCAGUUCCUGGCUACAGAAAGAUUAUUCUGUCUACAAAUAUAGCUGAAAGCUCUCUAACAGUUCCCGAUGUUAAAUAUGUGAUAGAUUUCUGUUUAACUAGGACUUUGGUUUGUGAUGAAGACACUAAUUAUCAAAGUUUGAGACUUUGCUGGGCAUCCAAAACAAAUUGUAAUCAAAGAAAAGGUCGUGCGGGACGUGUUUCCAAAGGGUAUUGUUAUAGGCUUGUACACAAGGACUUCUGGACAAACUAUAUUCCAGAGAAGCCAGUACCUGAGAUACUGUGUUGUCCAUUGGGAACUACGAUCUUAAAGAUAAAAAUGCUUGACAUGGGGGAACCAAGAGCCUUGUUGGCAACAGCUCUUUCUCCACCCAGUGUAGGGGACAUUGAACGUACCAUACUUCAGCUGAAAGAGUUAGGAGCACUUACAACUUGUGUGCAAACAGAAGAAAAUCCACAUGAUGGUGAGCUGACUUACUUAGGAAGGAUUUUGGCACACUUGCCGGUGGAUCAGCAUCUUGGAAAGUUGAUAGUCCUUGGUCAUGUCUUUGGGUGCUUGGAAGAAUGCCUUAUUAUAGCUGCAGCACUCUCCUUGCGGACUUUUUUUGCAGUGCCUUUCAGACAGCAUAUUGAUGGAUACAGGAGCAAACUGUUUUUUUCUGGGAAUAGCAAGAGUGACUGUAUUGCACUUGUGAAUGCUUUCAAGGCAUGGCAGAUUUGCAGACAAAAAGGAGAACUGAGACAUCCCAAGGAAGAGCUUGACUGGGGUCGAUCAAAUUAUAUUCACAUCAAGAGAGUCAGAGAGGUGGCAGAGUUAUUUGAAGAGUUGAAAGAGCGAGUCAGUGCAUUUAACAUGCGUGUUAAUACUCAACCAUCUGCUGUGGAUCAGGAGUAUGUAUACAAACAACACUUCAUUUUGCAGGUUGUAAUAGCUGGUGCUUUCUAUCCAAAUUACUUUACUUUUGGAAAAUGUGACCAAGGAAUUGCUGUGAGAGAUCUUGCUGGCAAAGAUCCGAAAACCACUGUAAUGUUGAAGAAUAUUCCUCCCUAUGGAUUUCUAUACCAUGAACAGUUGCAGUCACUUUUCAGACAGUGUGGGCAGGUAAAAUCUAUUGCAUAUGAUGGACCAAAGGCUUUUGUGGAGUUCUCUCGUAACCCAAUGGAGGGCUUUAAGACUCUUCCUGCAGUCUAUGUGUCACUUAAAAUGUCCCAGCUGAAAAUUCCACUUGACCUCAAUGUUCAUUAUCCAGAUGAGCUUGAAAGGCAGGUGGAAAGCGGCACAGCUGCGAGAGUGAAAUAUGCCAGAGUAAAUGUGGACUAUCAGAAGCAAACAGUAGAGCCUGUGGAAAUAUCAUUUGGUAUUUCGGAACUGUCAAAGAUGAUCCCAAAUCGUCUUCUAUCCAUCAAUGUAACAGAGAUUGUGGAAGUUGGACACUUCUGGGGUUACAGGAUAGAUGAAAAAAAUAUGAUUGUACUCCAGACUCUAACUGCUGAAAUUAACCACCAGAACCUGAUGGAUCUGCCAGUGUCUCCACAUCCAGAGUUAGUGUGCCUGGCCCCAUUCCCUUGCGUGGAAAACAAAGGAUACUACCGAGCUCGUAUUCUGUAUGUUUCUGGAGAUUUUGCUGAGGUUUUCUUUGUAGAUUACGGCAAUAGAUCAAGAGUGCCUUUAAAAAAAUUAAAAGAUAUUCCAAGCAAUCUUCGAGAACUUCCUUUCCAGGCUUUGGAGUUCAAGAUGUGCAAGAUGCGUCCAUCUGCAAAAUCUCUUGUAUGUGGGGAACAGUGGAGUUACAGUGCUAGCCAGAGAUUUGCCUCAUUAGUAAAUGGUUAUACUCUUCUAGUGAAGGUGUAUUCACUCGUGCAUGGUGUUCUGCAUGUGGAUGUUUUCCGUUAUUUGGGGAGCAAAGAGCUUGUGAAUAUUCGAGAUGUGCUUAUUGAAGAGUGUUAUGCUGAACAAGCAGAAGAAUCAUAUGAAUCACAACAAAGCCAUGAUUUGCUCAAGGCAUUACUUUCUGACCAAAUAAAAAAAGAAGAGAAAAAGCCUGCGCCUUCGAGAGAAAAAGAAAAGCAUUCCAUUGAAAUGUUGUUAAACAAAUUUUCUGUCAAUAAAUUUGAUACACCGGCCCAUAAGGUAACACUUCACGGACCAUUCAGUCCUUAUGAGGUGAAAUGCUACAGUAUGACUAGAAUAUCCCGAUUCAGGUGUGCUUUCAUACAAAAAGAAAGUAUAAACUCUGUUGUUAUUAGUGAAGCUCCAGAAGAUUCCUUUCAGCAAAUGUUGGUUGCUGCUUCUUUAUCAGUAAAUGCAACUGGGUCUGCUGUGAUUUUAGAGGAAACAUCUUUGAUGCCUCCUAUUCCUGGUCUACCGGCACUCCUCAGUAUGCUGUUUGCACCUGCUAUAGAACUCAGGCUUGAUAGAAGUGGAAAGUAUUUUACUGGUGUUCUGUGUGGUUUGGGCUGGAAUCAGAUUCAUGGAACUCCCUUGCUUCCGGAAAAUGACAUGGAGCUGACAUUUGAUGUGCGUUUUGGUGUGGAUGACAUAGCAGAGAUAAACAUUCUAAGGACAGCCAUUAAUAAACUAGUCUGUGAAUGUGCAGUGUGUCCGGAACAAAGCAGAAUGGUGCAGUUGCAAGAAAAUGUUCGUCAGAAACUUCUAAGUUUAAUCUGCAAAUCAAAACCACGAGAUGCAAUUGUUCCUAAGUGGUAUAACAAGUCAUACGCCUGGAAUCAGGUAGAUUCAGAACGUAUCAUUGACCAGUCAGAAAGGCAGCAUGGAGGAGGAAAUGAUCUUUAUCAGCUGCAUAAGCUUGUUGUGUUGAAUGUAUAAGUGUAUCUAGAAGCAUCUCAGAUGAAGUAUGAUAACUUGUCUAAAACUUAGUUCUGUUUUCUCUAUACCCUUGAAGGUUCACUCUACAAAUGUGAUCCUUAGGAUUAGUGUAAGCAUAGUACAAUAUAGGGCAGAAUAUGUUGAUGGGAUUUUUAAAAAUUAAGGUAUGCUGGCCUAGAGCAGACAAGUUAAUUCAUAAAACCAUCUUAUUUAAAGCAGGAUGCAAUUUUCAUUUUAAUAAUAUUUCUGAGAAGGUGCAUCACAAGCAACAUGAAAAACAAAGCAGAUUAAGGCUUAGUUACUUUCUAUGUUAAAAGUUCAAGAGCUAAGGGGCUAUCUUUUCUCUUUGAUAAUUGCAAGAUGCAUUUUUGUAUUUGCUUUAUUUGUAUGUUAUCAAUAUUUGAAAAAGUCACACAACAAAGGUUGCUUUUGUAUGCAAAAACUAGAGGUUAACAGAAACUGGUAAUCUAGGUUAUCAAAACUUUAUACACUGCAUAUAACUUGGUUUUUUUCUUUCACUUUUCAUAUGACAAAACCUCAUACAUGAUUCCUGUUUCUAUAUGGUAGAAUGAUGUUUUUGAAUUACUGAUUCAUUGCACAUUUGUUUCAUCUUUUCCUCUUACUUUCUAACGCAAGAGUUUUUUAGUCCUAAAAAUAAGGUCAGUGGUUUCAGAAUAAAACACAGAAAUGGAAUAAAAUGGGUUUGUCUCUU